CAGUGAGAGAAGGGGGCGAAACUGGACUAAGAGGUUAUUCACACUACAUUCUCAUCAAGCCCAUGCUUCAUCCGUAGCAUGUGGUAUUUAUAGCGUAUAAUCCUUUAAGGAGACAUGGUAAAGCUUGUGAGGACACGAGCGACGAUGUGGGGUGUCCUGGUUCUGUGGCUGUGGGCAGCCCUGCCAGGGCUGCUCUGGGCAUCGCCCCUGUUCCUGGAGCGCGACAGCAACACCUCCAGCAUCUGCAAGCCUGCGCCUCACUGGAAGGUCCAAGGACAGAGCCCUAUGGAGGGGCUGCUAGGAGAUGUAGUCAUAGUAGCUCUGCUGAAGGCCAGCUGACACUUCUGUCUCAUUCAGGCCUCCAAACUCGGGGGCCUGCGUGAGCGUCUGCUGCGCAGCAACAUGACAGGUGUGUCGUUCCUGAUUGUGAACGCGCAGGACGCCCAGUCCAGAGCCAUGUACUGGGAGCUGAAGAGGAGAGCGCCCCCUGGCAUCCCCGUCUACCAACAGUCCCCCCUCCAGGACGACGUGUGGGAGGCCCUGAACGGAGACAAGGAUGACUUCCUGGUCUAUGACAGGUGUGGACGGUUAACGUUCCACAUUGUCCUGCCAUACAGUUAUCUCCACUACCCCUACGUGGAGGCAGCGAUCAGAGCCACCUACCAAAAAGACAUCUGCAACUGUACUAAGGACUUCAUUUCGAUAAUGUCAAGUCAUCGUGGGAACAACACCCAGAGCAAUGACACAACGAGCAGCACAGAGAUGAGUGGCUUCAGUGAGAAUGACAACAGCACAAACCCUAUCACAGUCAGGACUACAGUACCCACAAGUAUCAACAGUGCCGCUCCAGGUUUGGAAGUGCAACCCAAUGUCUCCGAGGCAGACAAGGGGGGUAACGCACCCCAACUUCAUCAUCAUCAUCAACAGCACAGUCAACAUCAUGGCUCUCACAGUGACAUGCAGCAAGUCUUAAAUUAG